GCUUCCUCUGCUAGACUACGGCGGCGGCCGAGCCUCGAGCAGCCCGUCCGUCCGGCGACGUUCCGCCCCCGCCGCCCGCCGGCCGCCGGUGUGUGUCCCGCCGCCAGCCUCCCCGAUCUCCGUUCUGAACCCCGAGUCCCGACCUCCUGCUGUCCCGCCUGACCCCAACGCCGAGACAGCUCAGAAAGGUCAAGAAAAGCCCCCCACAAAAGGCCCAGGAGCCCCAAACCCAAACACAGCCGCCCAGGCCCAUCAUCUCCUGGUCCCGACCUCGCACUCCCCCAUCCCAGCAUCCAACUCCGCCUCCACCUCGCCGCCGGCCCCACCAUGUACGGCGUCGGCGUCGGCGGCGGCGGAGGCGGGUUCAACGCGCCGUCCACGGCCUCCGGGCGGCGCAAAAACCAGGAGGACGACGAGGAAGAGGAGGAGGAGGAGACGGGCGACGGCCGCGUCCUCGAGGCAUGGGAGCGCGCCUACGCCGACGACCGCUCGUGGGAGGCGCUGCAGGAGGACGAGUCGGGCCUGCUCCGCCCCAUCGACACCAAGAACCUCGUCCACUCGCAGUACCGCCGCCGCCUCCUGCUCCGCUCCGCCGCCGCCGCGGCCCGCAUCCAGAAGGGCCUCAUCCGCUACCUCUACAUCGUCAUCGACCUCUCCAAGGCAGCUUCAGAAAUGGAUUAUCGCCCUAGUCGAAUGGCUGUUGUUGCUAAGUGUGCUGAGGCAUUCAUAAGGGAAUUCUUCGAUCAGAAUCCCUUGAGCCAUGUUGGGCUAGUGACAAUUAAAGAUGGCAUUUCUCAUCGACUGACGGAGAUUGGAGGGAGUCCAGAGUCACAGAUUAACGCAUUGAUGGGCAAGCUUGAGUGUUCUGGUGAUUCAUCUCUGCAGAAUGCUCUAGAACUUGUCAAUGGUUACUUGAACCAGAUUCCUUCCUAUGGUCACAAGGAAGUAUUAUUUUUGUACUCCGCACUGAACACAUGUGAUCCUGGUGAUAUCAUGGAGACAAUAGAAAAAUGCAAGAAAUCCAAAGUUAGAUGUUCUGUUAUUGGGCUUGCUGCAGAAAUUUUCAUUUGCAAGCAUCUCUGUGAAGAGACUGGUGGAUCCUAUACGGUUGCACUAGACGAGUCCCACUUCAAGGAAUUGCUGCUUGAACAUGCUCCUCCACCACCUGCCAUUGCAGAGUAUGCUGCAGCUAAUUUGAUUAAGAUGGGUUUUCCACAGAGGGGAGCAGAGGAUCUUAUCUCCAUCUGCUCUUGCCACAAGAAAAUUAAGUCUGGCGCUGAAGGUUACAUAUGUCCCAGAUGCAAAGUUAAUGUAUGUGAGCUUCCAACGGAGUGCCGAACAUGUGGUCUAACACUUGUUAGUUCCCCACAUCUGGCACGAUCCUAUCACCAUCUCUUCCCUGUAGCGCCGUUUGAUGAGGUGACGUUCAAAUUAGGUCAAAAGGGAGGACAAAAUUGUUUUGGCUGCCAGCAGAGUCUCAUUAACACCGGUGGCCAGUCUAAUAUCCAUGUCCGCUGUCCAAAAUGCAACCACCACUUCUGCUUUGACUGUGAUAUUUACAUCCAUGAGAGCUUGCAUAACUGCCCCGGUUGCGAGAGUCAGCGCAGUUCAUCUCGGUAGAGAUGUCAUCUUGUGCAUUGUUCAGGUGUUGAUCCUUUUUUGAGUCGGAGCUGCGCAUUGUUGUAAGCUUUCUGGUGCACUGACAUUGAUGACAGUAUUGCUGGAUAAUCAAACAGUGUACAGAUAACACCUGUCAUCCUUUGUUGGCGCCUCUUGUUAGAUUGGGCUAGCUAGUUAAUAUCUAUUGAUGCAAUUAGAGGUCGAGGUGCUAUGAGAAGAGACGUGAGAAAUGUACAACGUGAAUGGAAACCUGCUGCUUCUUGCUGUUUUUUUAUGGAGCAAGAUCAAUAUAUGUUAUUUUCUUCAUUCA